GCCGGAGGCUUCACAAUGCCGACUGCCACGAUGACGGCCACGGCUCAGGCUCCCUCGACUCUCAAGCUCAAGGCCCCAGCGUCCUCUGCCCAAGUCACCCUGCAGACACUCUACCACCGUGCGGCACGCGCAUUCCUGCUGCGACAAGUAUCUCUCGUCCACUCCCUGCUCGAAUCCGCCUUUGUCCUGCUCCACCCCCCUCAGCAGCUGCAGGAUCCAGAUGAAUUUGCGGUCCUGCGGAGUAAAUGGGAUCUACUCCGCAUCACCUUCGAAACCACCGUGUACACAUCCCCUCCAGACCCCUCUGCGUCGGAUCUCCCCCACGACCUGAGGCAACUCGCGGCCCAGCCGCCGCACAUCUACAUCAACUCCACCUACCAGAGGUCCUUGAAGCUAUUCACACCACCGGCUGUGCCCGCACAGGCGUCUCAUAUCCCUUCAAGCGUGAUUCUCACGUUGGCGUAUUCAAGCCUCAAAGUCGACGCGGCGGACUCUGGGCGCGUUGUAAUUGAGGAUUGGCUUGCCUCUCGACAAUAUGCGGUCGUAAGCGAAAAGGAUGCGGAUGACGGGUAUCAAAAGGCCGUGGAGGCGUAUUGCCUACAUAUUCUGCCUAAAUUAGAGCAGUGGGAGUACGCGAAGGAGUUUCUGGAUUACGAGAGCGAGUUGGCUCCAGAUGUGAGAAAGAACAUCCAAGCCACACUCGAAACUUCCUACGCUCAAGCAAUCGCAGCGAGGCUGCCACCGCCGAAAGCGGCCCCGAGACCUCACUCUCCAACUCCCUCUAAUUCCUCCUCGUCGUCAUCGCUCUCCUCGACUGCAUCGGCCCACACCGUCUUGCCAUCAACGCCGCGACCGAGAUCGAAUUUGACAAGGCGCACUCCUUCGACCAUAUCUGACAGCACGGCCACCCCUCGAGCACGGCCUGCGGCUGUCCGAGCGACCUCGCCGCCGCAGCACUCGGCGUCGCUGCCGCGACUGUACACCCCGGGAGCGCCCACGGAACGAACUCCGCCGCUUUCGGGAUACGAGCUGAUCCGCGCGACACUAGCGCCGUACUUAACACCGCGAGCCAAGCUGUCGCUCGCAUCACUCGUCACGUUUCUCCUCCUGUUUGCCGUGCCUCUGCUCGUCCGACGCCGGCGCACCAAAAGUAUUGAGCCUGCGGCCGGCAAUGCAGAGGCCGUCCGCCGGAGGCUCGUAGCAGCACACGUGACCAAUACAAGCGCAGGCUGGAUCCGGCAGCUCUUGAUGGCGAUUCUGCGCGUGGUUGGAGACACCGUUCGGAUGGCCGGCAGUGGGUUGGUAUGAUAUGUCUUGGUGAUAUUGGCUGGGAGCAUGCUAUGUAGAUUUGUAUAUGCGAUAAAGAUGCUCGUUACAAAUAA